AUGUAUGAGGUUAUGAAGGCGUUUACAGAUGAUGAGGUCACUGCCAUUGGUGUCUACAGCAUGGGAGGCGUUGGAAAGACAACCCUGGUAAAACUUAUCGCUGCACAUGGAAAAAAUAGUGGGAUUUUUGAUCAUGUGAUUAUCAGUGUCGCAUCCCAAAACCCUGAGUUGGAAAAUAUUCAAGGCACAUUGGCAGAGCAGCUGGGCUUCAAAUUACAUGAGAAGAGAGAAAUUGGACGAGCAGCGAGAUUGAGUAAGGAGAUAAAAGAGAAGAAUAAGAUCAUUAUAAUCCUGGACGACAUUUGGGAGAGAAUUGAUUUAUCAAGAAUAGGAAUACCGAGCUACAAGGAACUUCAAAAGUGCAAUUCAAAAGUCCUACUGACCACAAGGAUAAUGAAUGUUUGUCAUGCCAUGGAGUGCCAAAGAAAGAUCACCCUCAAUGGUUCUGUCAGCACAAGAUUCUUGGGCCUUGUUUAUGAGAAAAGCAAGAACGUCUUUCGAAUUGCCCUCUUUCGAGGGUGUGGCAAGGAAGUUGCAAGGGCACUCGGUGAUAAAAACUUGGUGGAAUGGAAGAGAGCAGCUCAACGACUAGAGAAGUCCCAAACUGCCAACCCGGAGGAUGUCGGAGAAGCAUCCAAAUGUAUAAGAUUAAGCUAUGAUUACUUGAAAGAUGAGGACUGCAAGUCAUACUUCUUGCUAUGUUGCUUGUUCCCAGAAGACUGUGACAUCCCAAUAAAAGACUUAAUCAGGUAUGCCAUUGGAAAAGGAUUGUUUCAAGAUGCUGAAACACUCGAUGAAGCCAGAGACAGAGCUGAUACUGUGGUCAGGCACCUUAAAGAUUCUAGCUUGCUUAUGGAUGGUAGAAACAGUAAAUAUGUAAGUAUGCAUGAUGUUGUCCGGGAUACAGCAAUAAAUAUUGCAAAAUCUGAAGAUGGGCAUGGAUUUUUGGUGAAAGCUGGCUGUGAUUUAGAGGCUUGGCCACGUAAAUUACUUGAAGGCUACUCUGCAAUCUCACUAAUGGGGAAUCCUAUCAGCAAGCUACCCGAAAAGCUGAAUCGUGCAGUCUCCUUACCAACCUUCAAGCUUUGUGUUUAG